CGCCGACAAGCACAUGUCAUAUUUUGAUUUGGAUUUUUAUUACGCACUCUUGAUUUUUGUUCAACAGCUACUGUUAUCGUUUUAUCAGUUCUCAAGUUCCUUGGUGAGAGUAACGUUGAACGCAUGGUAGUGGUGAGAUUAAAUGUCGCAUUGUCGCAACGACCGGAAUUUUGGUCGUUUCUGGCUAAAGAAAUUUAAAAAACAUGUUUUAACACUAUUUUUCAACCCACCAUAGGAAAUAUAAUGCACCACCUGCGUAAUCGGACUCUGAUUACUUGGUUUCCAAAACUAGCUGGCCUUUUAAUAGCAACUAUUUAUUUUGUUGCUAUCACACUAGUUCAUGAUUCACCUUAUGUGUGGCUUAGUCUUACACUUGUUGUGAUACUCUGUUUGACCACGUUCGCUUGCAGAAGUGACAAACCAAUCCUUCGAUUCAGCAGGCCUAGAGAAAGCAAUGCUCAGGAAGAUGUUCCGCAAACACCACAAAUUUGGACAACUGACGUACCACCAAGCUACUCAUUCAUCAUGGAGAAUCAGAGUAUCGCACCUAGUGUGCUUCUAAGCCAGCCCGGGUCGCCAGGGACACCUCCGCCGACCUAUGGAUCCGUCUUUAAAUUUCCAGCACCAAAUCAGAUUAUAAAAACAAAAGAGACCUCGAUUACGUCACCUCUGAUGCUGAGACAAGUACUGGGCAAGAACUUAUUCCUGUCUGUAUCGCGUCAGGUAUCAUUUGAGAACCAACUUGAAAAGGAGAACCCAAUGCAAAUCACAAGGCAAAAUUCUGAAACAUCUAUAGGUGACGAUAUCUCUGGAAUUAUAAUUGUCUGCAAGCCACAGAGGAUGAUGACAUCCUCAUUGAACUCGCAAAACCCUGCAAUAAGUUCUACAAACGCACCUCACUCAGCUCCUCACAGUAAUGAGUGUAGUGCGACUUCAUCUGUUGAAACUAAGGAAAGUCAAAAAGAUUGAUUUUAAUAGUUGAAUCUUUAAUUGAAUUGAGUGAUUAAUUUUAUUUUAACGACUAUUUUAAUUUAGUUAUGUCAGUUUGUAUUGUUUUCUACUUUUUGUAAAUAUAAUUUUUUUAAGCGUGAAUUUCAUUUAUAUAAUGACCACUGUAGUCAAUAAAAUUCAUGACAUAUAUCAAUCGUGAUGUUGAAUUUA